AAGCUCGGACCAGGCGCCAGUCUCUCCUCCUCGUCUCCCGCGGUGGCCGCCAAGCCCCGAGCCGGCGGGAGCCCGGCGCUCAUCAUGUCGGUCGCGCUCAGCAACAGGUUCCAAGGAGGAAAGGCGUUCGGCUUGCUUAAAGCCCGGCAGGAGAGGAGGCUGGCGGAGAUCAACCGGGAGUUCCUCUGUGACCAGAAGUACAGUGAUGAAGAGAACCUGCCAGAAAAGCUCUCAGCCUUCAAAGAAAAAUACAUGGAGUUCGACCUCAACAACGAAGGCGAGAUUGACCUGAUGUCUUUAAAGAGGAUGAUGGAAAAGCUUGGGGUCCCCAAGACCCACCUGGAGAUGAAGAAGAUGAUCUCGGAGGUGACAGGUGGAGUCAGUGACACCAUCUCCUACCGGGAUUUUGUGAAUAUGAUGCUGGGGAAACGGUCAGCUGUCCUCAAGCUAGUCAUGAUGUUUGAAGGAAAAGCCAACGAGAGCAGCCCCAAGCCAGUGGGGCCCCCUCCAGAGAGAGACAUCGCCAGCCUGCCCUGAGGACCCCCUGCCUCCCACCUUGUUCUUCCUCCCUCCUGUCGCGCUGCCCUUCCCGAUCCCUGUGAUCUGUCUUGUGCGUCUGCUUGUUCGUUGUGGUGUGUUUGUUUCAUCAUCUCUUUGUAAAGCACAGAUUAUCUGCCUUAAAGGGGUUCUGGGUCGGGAGUCUUUAGCCUUGGGCCCCAUCCCUCCCUUUUCCCACCUGCCCACGUCCAACAACAAACCAAAAACAGGGCAGGCAGCCAGAAGCCUGUGUCCCCCACUCUUGGAGAUGAAGCCGUUCAUCCUUCCAGAAUGUGUCUGAGCUGAGUUCAGGCUCCAGACCUGGCCCUGGUGAGGGAGACCCUGGGUAGGAACAAGGCUGCAGGGCCUCCUUUGGCCUUUCUUGGACAGCUCCAUGCCUCCAGAGCUCCUGGCAGUCCAGCAUGUGGCCCCAGCUGACCUCCGCCCUGGUCCAUGUUUCUGCUCAUCCUCAGGGACAUGACGGAGGUGGGGAGGAAAGGAGCUUGGCAAUUUGAGUCCCUUAAAAAGGGACCAGAAGGAGCCCUGUAGCCUUGCUUCCUGGCCACAUCUUUACAGGCAGCUCAGAAAGAUGGUGCAGCCCCACUGACCCUUGCUUGGGCAGUAGAAGGCUCCAGAGGCAGAGGUGAGGCCAGGGGUUUGGGGGAGGGUACUGAGGGCACCAGGAUGGGAGGAUGAGGAGUCAGUGCCCCUGGAGAAAAGCACCACUGUGAGCCAGGAGCUAAGGCCCAGGAGGUGGCCUUUCUAAUGGAAGCCUGCUUGACCCAACUGCUUCUGCACUCGCCUUCCUCACUCCAUGUGUUCAUUCAUUCAGCAGAUAUUUAUUGAGCACCUGCUACAAGCUUUAAGUCCUCCCACUUGGACCUGACACGUGCUGUGUCCACUGACUAACCUAUGCUCCCUUUCCAAUUUGCUCAAAACCUUGAGCUUGGGAUUGAAUUGAGGCCACCCUGGGUCCUUUCUUACAGACUCAUGGGAUUUUAGGGCCCUGAUCCACCCUGUAGGCCAGUCCUCUCUGUGGAGGCCCACAGGGGUUAAGUGCCUUGCCGAAAGUCAGGGGGUUAAUCUGGGGUGGAAGAGCCUGGAUCAGAGUCCAGGUGGUCAGAUACCCCUGUCCACACCUCACCUCUGCCUUGGGCUGCCUUAUUCACUGUUGAAAACAGGGAAGGGGUGGGAAGGGGCAAUCUCCUAGGUCAGUACUUGGGGAAGGCUUCACUGGCUCUGAAGGCCCUGGGCCAGGACUUGCAUUCCCCAGGGCCUCUGAGCUGGCGUUGGGUCUUCCCUAUCGAGCAGGUCAGUCUCCGCMGUUCUGCCUGCCCUGCAGCUUCCUGGCCCAGUCUCAGAGACCUGCUUCUCAGAACUCAUGCAGGAAGUCCUCAAACUUGGCCCCAUGUGUUCUGGGUUCCUUUACCCUGUGCACUCAGGACUUAGAUGCACUCACUAAACAUAUUUAUGAAACACUUGCUAUAGGCUAGGAGUUCAGAACCCACAAUAAAUGCACAGACUCAUGGAAUGUAGAGUCCAGGGGGAAUUCCAACCCAGACAAUGACAGUGAGAUGAAUAUUAGGAAGAGGGUGACUGCCCAGCAGUCCUGAGGUGUCUGGCUUGGCCCAAGCCUGGGCAAGAGUCUUGGAGAAACCUUUGCAAAACCUUAAGGAUUGGAAGGUGGAAAGGAUUGGGAGUUGUGGCUCCUUACAGGCCCAUAAUCAAGGGCCCAGGGUGCUGCCCCUACAGCACCCUGAGGGAGUAGAGCAGGCAGGGUAGGAAGACUUGGCCAGGAGAGUUAGUCCUCUGGUCUCAACCAGUUUAUAAGCAAAAUUUGGCUAUGAGUGGCUGAACUUCAGCCUAAGGAGCUGCUUCAAAUACACAGGACUAGUUGAAGUUUAAACCCCAGCAACAUUCCUCCCUGUAAAUAUAUGAUCCUACCCUACCCCCACCCUGCCUUUUCCUCUCCUGAGGUAUUAGAUUAGCCACUGCCUGACCCCUCCCAUUCCUUCUCUCUCUGGGACAGACUGGGACCUUUGGGGAAGAGCAAGCCUUCCUUGACUCCCCAUCUAUUUAGUGUGACUGUUCCUCUCUGAGAGGAAGACAGAACCAACUAGGUUUAUUCCAGUGGGUUCCUGAGAUUCAGAAGCCUCAAGGGAAGAGAGAAAAAGGCUGCACCUCCAGAAUCUGGAAAUGCAGGGAAGAGGGGUUCUCUGCAUGCACAUGGGGGGAAGUCCCAUCUGUCACUUCCUGGAACUUAACCCCUUGGGAGAGAGGGUCUUAAGACUGCUCGCUGGGAAGGGGAUCUGUGUGUAUUUCAGGUUGUGGCUGUUGGCACCAAGACUCUUCUCUGACUAAGGGCUCAGCUUCUUGGGACUUUUAACUGUCUUCUUUCUGAAAAAGACCAAAUUUAACUAAUGUAACCAGCAACACAGGGACUGCUAAGUAUGGCUUUGUCCCUAUGACUCAAAAGGAGUUUGUCAGACAAGUUCAGGUGAAUGAAGCUGUGUGUAUGUAUGUGUGUGUAUAAGUACAUGUGGGGGAUAUAUCACCUGUA